UUAUAUUCUAUACUGGGUGAUAAUGGAUUGCAGAAACGAAAUAAUAAUAAAUUAUAAAACUGUUACGGCCGACGACCUGGCUACUGAGAAGCAAUGGACAAUCAAUAAUCAUCUAUUGUAUACAUACAAGUACGGAGUUUUCCACGUCCUUGAACCGCCUAAAGACUGUCAUCUGCAUAUACUCCGGGAACCCCGUCACGAAGUCCAUUUGUUCGCGUUGAGAUUAGGAGAUCCGAGAUACGAAUCGGCAUCGGUAACCUAGAUCGGCAUCUCAGGUUCAUUCGUUGGUGUUCGCCCUCGCUUCUUGCUGCUUAUUGGGCUAUGUCGCUGUUCUGUCUUGUAGUGCCGGUUUACACUACUCAAUCUCUCAAAAGUCCAACCCCUCAACCCCUCCAACCAUUCCAGCAUCUCAUACAUAAUACUUGGUGUCUAUCUGGUACUAAGUCGUUCAGUCAUGACUUCUCUCAACUCCUUUCCUCUACUCGAGCGCAUAAUUGCUCGUGCUCAGUCCGCCCCUGCAUCCGAGGCCAUUGUGGAUGUCCCCCAUUCUCUCACCGUCACAUAUUCGGAACUAUGUGGCGAUAUCCUCUCUCUCGGCUCUAUCCUUACGUCUUUUCUCUCGGUGCCCGAAACUCGAGUCGUCGUUCUUUGCGACAAGGGCUACCUUGUUCCCCUCAGCAUGUUGUCCAUAUGGACAGCAGGAGGACUGAGCGUCCCAGUUCUACCUUCUUUGCCUCUUCCAGAGCAAGCUUACAUGGCGACUAAUAGCGACGCUAGCCUUGUCAUUUGUGAUGCUAAUAAUAAACCCCGCGCGGAUGAGCUCAAGGCAGAUAUGGAGAAAGAGGGCAUAAAGACAACGGUACUUGAGAUCAGUUUGAAUGGGGUGAGAAAGGCAGCUUACGACAAAAGUGGUGUUGAAACCCUCAGCAAGAUGUCAGAACUCCAUAGCGAGAGAAGGGCCAUGAUGCUCUUUACUAGUGGUACUACCGGUCGACCUAAAGGCGUAGUCACACGACACUCGGCUCUCGGGGCCCAGGUAUCUGCCGUUGUCCAGUUCUGGCGCUGGACCUCGACCGAUAACCUCCUUCACAUCUUACCGCUCAACCAUUUGCACGGCAUUGUCGUUGCUCUUCUUCCCGCCCUCUGGGCCGGGGCGACCGUUGAGCUCUGGGAAAAGUUUGACGCUCGAGGCAUUUGGAUGAGAUGGAUUAAUAAUGAGGGUAAAACCCCUAUAACUAUGUUCUUUGGUGUUCCUACACUCUACUCUCGAUUAAUCCAGUCUCAUCCCAUGCUGCCCAAGGAGCUUCAGCCGAUUGCUUCGGAGGCUUCAUCCAAGUUGCGUCUGCAAGUUUCAGGCUCUGCUCCCCUCCCUGAAAGCAUUAAAAAAACGUGGGAAAAGGAGGGAGGUAUUGGAGGCGGACAAGUAUUGUUGGAGCGAUACGGAAUGACAGAAACAGGCAUAAUUGCUAGCACCGGCUGGGAGAAUGACAAGAGAGUGAAAGGACAUGUCGGUUACGCUCUUCCUGGAACCGGAAUUCGACUAUGGAAUGAAGACUUGAAUCAGUCCAUCACUGCCUUCGACACUCAAGGUGAAAUUCAAGUGCGUGGUCCAUCCAUCACAACAGAGUACUGGCGCCUUCCUGAGGCCACAGCCAAAGAAUUUGUGGACGGCUGGUUCAAAACUGGUGAUAUUGGUGUGUGGUCUUCAGAUACUGCAGCUCAGAAUCAAUUGAAGGUGCUAGGGAGGAAGAGCACCGACAUCAUCAAAAGUGGCGGAGAGAAAAUUAGUGCGGUGGAGAUUGAAAGAGCCAUCUUGGAACUCCCCGGUAUGAAAGAUUGCGCAGUCAUGGGUGUUGAAGACGAGGAAUGGGGUCAGAUCGUUUCGGUAUGUUUGGUAACCUCCCGUCCGAGCGUGACAGUCAAUGAGAUUCGAAACGAGCUUCGAAGCGUCCUUGCGCCGUACAAGCUCCCAAAGUUGCUCAAGCUUUACGAGGGUGAAAUCCCGCGAAAUAACAUGGGAAAGGUAAAUAAGAAGAAGCUUGUUUUGGAGGCCUUCCCUAAAUGAAUUGUGAGAUAUAUCAGGAUAUGCUUACAG